AUGACAUCUACUAAUUUAUAUAAUGAUGAUGAUGCUGAUCAUAACAAUAAUAAUACUGAACUUGAAGAAGAAUUUAAAAAACUAGCAUCACUCGUUCCAACAAUUCCAAAAAAUGAAUAUUUAACUGAAUUAGAAUUUCUGGAAUUUGUUAUAGCUUAUAUUCAACAAUUACAAGAACUUUUAUCUCAUGAUCAAUGGAAUGAAUGUCUUAUAAAUUUAACAACAUCAAUGAAAAAUUCAUUCAUUUCAUCAUCAACGAAUAUGAAACUUUUAAUAAAAAAUGAGAAAUAUCUUCAACGAAAUCCAUUAUCAACGAUUAAUCUCGAUACAAAUAUACCUCAUCAUUCAUAG